AUGAACAGUGUUACUGCUGGGGCAGCCGCCGCUCUUACUUCGACGACAGCAGCAGCCUCGACUAUUGGGGGAAGGUUGUGUAAAAUAGUCCUUACCGGAGGGCCUGGUGGCGGCAAGUCUACGGCUCUCACCAAGCUCAGGAACCGACUCGUGCAUAGAGGCUUGCAGGUAACGUUGAUAGGAGAGAAUGCCACACCCUUGAUAGACAAGAUGGGUGGCUAUGAGCCUUCUUGGAGGCAUACUUGGAAACAUAUUGAAUUUCAAAGGAUAAUGCUGAAGGCCCAGAUAGAGCAGGAGGAUAAUAUAACCUCUUUAUGUCGUCUACGAGAGGAUGAUAGGGUUAUCAUACUUGACCGAGGUGCCUUUGAUGGUAGGACAUUUUGUACUGAUGAGGAGUGGGAGAAAGUUCGGAACUCUAACAAUAUCUAUACGGAUAAGGAACUCUUCGAUAGAUACGAUGUUGUCAUACACAUGACAUCAGCUGCAGUCGAUCGUCCUCAGUUUUACUCUUAUGGUGCUGGUAGCACGAAUGAAUCACGCUUUCACACACCCUCUCAGGCAGCAGAGGCAGAUAAGCUCGGCAGGGAUUUCGUCACCCACACUGGUCAGAAUGUGUUUGUUGUGGAUACUAAGGAAAACUUUGACGAUAAAGUCGAGGAGGUCUUCCGCUGUGUACAAGGGGCCAUCUCGAGGCUCUGGGGCCCAACUGUCGUGGAGGGGCUCAGUACUAAGAGGGUUCAGCAUAAGGUCCGAGUAUUACGGUCAUGGGAGGAGAUAUGCCAGCUCCCCGAGGUGACCUGUGGGAGCAAGGAGGCAGCUAAGGCUGCUUAUAUCAGCGAGAUCACUUAUCUCAACAAGGAUCAGACACGAUGGGUGAGGAGAUGGCGUAAGGUAGGUAAUAUAUCAGGACUGGACAAGAAGACACCUGCAGAGCUCGUGAAGAAAUUCCCCUCGUUAGAAGAGGAACGCCUCUUACCCCAAGGAGACUCCUCUGAGGACAGAAGCAAGAUGGAGUCCUCUGAAGAGACAGUUAUGAUUGAUAGUGGUGAGAGAGGCCCCAAGAGGAUGGCCAACCUCAGUGAGGAUGCGUACGAGCGUGCCAUUAGAGAGUAUGAGGCUGAGAAGGCCCGUCAUGGGGGUGAGGACUUCCCCAAGCAGAUACUCAAGAGACAGGUCUCGUAUGAGACCAGAUACAUCACAUUGAAAGCGUACUCCGGCCUUGAUGGUUCGCCAUGCCCUGGCUAUGAGAACAUAUGGGUAUUGGAUAUGGAGGAUCCUGCCGUCCACAGUACUCAGGAUACACUAUCCCUCCUACCUAGCUUUGUGGAACCUGUACCAGAAGCCGUUAUAAACAGCCCAUCUCCGUCUCAGCAUACUCUCUACGCCACGACGACUAUCAUUAAGGAUCCACCCCACCAUCGUACCAGGAGGCGGGAGACCGAUACAAGCCCGAUUGCACCAUUAGCUCUCCAGUCAGCGGGCAUUAGCACUGCGGCGAGAUCUAAGUCUGGGCCAUCCGUUACACGGAAAAGACGUCUACCCAAGUCUAAACUGGUGCUGUGUCAUCAUCCGACAGCUGACGCGGCUGCAGGAGUCAGUGAGCCCUCCAAGAACCACCCUGCUGGACAUCCCUCUAAACGUAGCCGUGAGCAGGCUAGUGAGGCAGUGACCGGGUCGGAGGAGGUCGAUGGGUUGCGGUCUAAGAUGCCCAAGUCCUCUACCGUCGAGGAUGAGAAGGAGAACUCCUCGUCUAGCAAUGUUAGUAGUGUUACGUGA